AUGGAAGCGCAAGACGAAUCAGACCUCGAAACCUUCCUACAAUGGGCGGCUGCUCUCGGAGUAUCAGACUCUCCUAUUAAGAAAUCGAAAGUUUCCAUCCGUCCACCUUCUUCUUGCCUGGAUCAUUCUCUAUCCGUCUCUCAUUUCCCUGACGCCGGCGGGAGAGGAUUAGCGGCGGUACGAGAUGUUAUGAAAGGCGAGUUAAUUUUGACAGUUCCGAAGGAGGCUUUGAUGACGAGUGAGAGUCUAAGAAGCAAAGAUCAGAAACUCUCUGCUGCUUUAUGUAAAUACCCAAAACUCUCAUCUUCUCAGGUACCUUUUCUUUUAGAAAUUUCUAUGCUCUCAAUUUAUUGGCUUUGA